AUGCCCCUCCUAGUUUUCAUGUGUUUUCUCUCUUCAUCUCACUUAAUAAUAAGAGUUUUCUAUAGAAGAAGAUUUGGAGGGAUCCGGAAGGAAGAAUAUUCGGUUACCUCAAGUAGUAAAUAUUUUGUGUCAAAUUUUCACUCCCUAAUUUAUUUUGGAGGUGGAGGAUGAUGAAGUGUGUUUACUUUAGUAUUGGUAGGUAGAGUGGAGUGAGUGAGUCCUAGUAAGAGGAUGACUGAUGUUUGGUUGGUAGGUUGACUGGUAAAACUAAGCCCACGUUGUUAGCUAGUGUUAGGUUCUAGUGAUUUCUCAAACCAAGCACCUGCACACCCAUUUAUUCCGUUAUCAACUCCCAUUUAAUUCUUUUCAUAUUCAUAUAGGGGAGGGGGGAACUCUCAUGAAUGAUCAUCUCAUCUACUCUCCUCCAAUCCCACCUAACAAUUUGAUUUUGUGGCCUCCUUCCAUUAUAUAACUCUUGUCUGCCCUCACAAUUCACAUACCCUUUAAAACCAUCCUAUCAACUUUUUCUAUUUAUUUCUUUCUAUAUAGCAGUAGUCAACAGCUAUCACACUUAUAUAGAGUAUAUUUACUUGCAGAAAUAGUUUGAAAAUGAAUCUGUCACCAUUGACAUCCUCCGGAAUUCAGAUUGAAGCUGCAAAAUUUCCCCCGGCGGUUACGCCUCCUGGAUUGGAUAAGACUUUGUUCCUCAGUGGCGCAGGGGUGAGGGCCCUAGAAAUCCAGGGAAAUUUAGUAAAGUUCACAUCCAUUGGAGUUUACUUGGAGGAUAGCGCUGUAACAUGGCUGUCUGGAAAGUGGAAGGGGAAGACGUCGGAAGAGUUGACAGAAUCCGUCGAGUUCUUCAGGGAGAUUGUUACUGGCCCUUUUCAUAAAUUUACUCGGAUAACAAUGAUAUUGCCAUUGACGGGGAAACAAUAUUCCGAGAAAGUAGCAGAGAAUUGCGUUGCCAUUUGGAAAUCUCUUGGAAUUUAUAGUGAUGCAGAAGCCAAAGCCAUUGAUAAAUUUCUUGAGAUCUUUAAGGAUGAAAAUUUUCUACCUGGCUCCUCUAUUCUCUUUACUCAGUCACCUAACGGAUUUUUAAAGAUAAGUUUCUCGAAAGAUGAAUCUAUACCAGAAACAUGGGUCAGUGAGAUAGAAAGUAAACUACUUUCAGAAGCAAUAUUAGAGUCAAUUAUCGGUAAGAAUGGGGUUUCUCCAGCAGCAAGACAAAGUAUAGCCUCAACGCUUUCAAAAUUGCUGAAAGAGAAUAAUGGUAGCACUAAUGAUCACAAGGCUGCUGGCGAAAUCGAUGGUGACACUAAUUUGAAAGCUACAAAAGCAUACAAGGACAAGGAUGUGAUUUCCAUUCCAAUAGAAAAUGGAAAUGGAAAGCACAAAGUGACAAAUGAGUGAUUCAAUGAUUUGUAACAUAUGUAUCAAGCUAGCUAAUAUAGUUUUCAUCUCGAGUUGGAAGCUCACUUUAUUGUGUAAUAUUUCUUUUGAAAACAUUUUCGGUUUUGUAAUAAUUAUACAUGUAUUGCACAUGACUUGGUUGUGAACAAUGUACAUGGACUAUGGCUUAAUUUUAUUUUAUUUUUCUUUUGUUUAAAA